AUGCCACUGUUUGAGAAAGAGGAUAAUCCAAUCGAUACCUUUACUAUUGAUAGCCUCUGUGCUGCGUUUGAUAAGACUUUGAAAUCCACCCCUGACGUUCAAAAAUAUAAUGAUGCUGUUGAUGCAAUUUUCCAGUUAAGACAAAAUUCUGAAUCUGGAAGGAUACCGGCUGAUGUAACAAAUAGCGAAGCCUUUGGGGAUCGUCAGAAAAUCGAAGAAAUAUUGACUAGGUCUUACCAAGACCACUCUGGAUCCCGUGUACAUUUAUCGAAACUUGUUCAGGAAGAUAUUCCCUUCGCACUCAAUUUGUUCGAAAUAUUAUCAAGAUCAUCCGUCCAUGUUUUCGUUGGUUGCUUUUCCAACAAAGAGGCAACAAUUGCGCUGUUAAAUGAGCUGCAAAUGAGGAUACACUAUGGCGAGGACGUCCACGUAACGUAUUUGCUCAGUAUAAUUCUACAACUAUUGAAUAAGUUCAAGUACAGUUUUAAAGAGGUGCGAUUUCUAGUAAAGGAACUUAUUUUACGCAUAAGCGAAGAUGAAGUCAAAUCUAUGAUGCUUAUCAUUUUUGCUGAACUACAAUCAAGUUUCCAAAAGGACUUUGAUAAAGUAGUUGUCGAUUUUAUGAGCAGUUUGAUUGUGGAGGCAGAAAUCGACGUUGGAAAUGAUCCAUUAUCCAUCAUAGUCAAAACUCUAUCAGAAUUAUACCCUUCAUUGACAGCACUUUGUUCUGAAAUAUUCUUAACCAAUGGGCUAAACAAGCUUUUCAAGAAAAGAGUGUUCGAAGAGCAGGAUUUACAAUUUACGAAAGAACUACUGCAAUUAUUAUCUGCUGCAUGUAUUGACGAGACCAUGAGAGUGUAUAUCACUGAGAAUUACCUUCAGCUCUUGGAAACAUCACUAAACGUGGAAGAUAUACAAAUAUAUUCUGCAUUAGUGUUAGUUAAGACAUGGUCUUUCACAAAAUUAACGAGUGUGAGCUUAACGCAGCUGUCUGAAAUCUUUAUAAGUGCUAUUUCAAGAUAUGUUAUGCCAAAAAUUGAAAAUGUAGAUGAAGGUGCGGUUAAACCGGAUGAGGUUCCUAAAGUUGACAUGUCCGUUGAAGCACUAGCAUAUUUAAGUCUAAAGCCCUCAGUUAAGAACAUGAUUAGGAAUAAGGACAGCUUUAUUAAAAUACUAUUAAAUAUGAUUAAAAGCCAGAAAAUGAUGCACUUUUUAUAUGGUCUCUUGGUUAUUUUGGCCAAUUUGACCACUUUACCAGAGGAAGUUAACGGCAGUUCCCAAUCUAUCAAUGACUUAAAAAAUUACGCAGACUUGAAAGGUCCAAGCGCAGGGAAAGUAGGCGCAGAGAAAGAAUCGAAGGAAGAUAUUGUUUUGUUUAACGAAAAGUACGUGUUAGGCACCGAACUAAUAUCUUCUUUGAAGAGCGGAAUGCACAACUUGAGCCCCAAUUGUAAACAACAAGUGGUAAGAGUUAUCUAUAACAUAACCCGCUCAAAAAAUUUCAUUUCUCAAUGCAUUUUACAAGGUGGUACAACCAUCAUCUUAGAAUACCUGGCCAAUAAGCAAGACAUAGGGGAGCCAAUACGGAUUUUAGGGUGUCGCGCAUUAACAAGAAUGCUAAUAUUCACUAAUCCGGGAUUAAUAUUUAAAAAAUACUCUGCACUAAAUGCUAUCCCAUUUUUGUUCGAAUUACUACCAAGGUCUACGCCCUUGGAUGACAAUCCGUUACAUAACGACGAACAAAUAAAGCUCACAGACAAUUAUGAGGCACUAUUAGCUUUGACGAACCUGGCCUCAUCGGAGACGUCUGAUGGUGAAGAAGUUUGCAAGCAUAUCGUAUCUACAAAGGACUAUUGGUCCACGAUUGAGAACUUGAUGCUAGACGAAAACGUCCCAUUGCAAAGGUCCACAUUGGAACUGAUAAGUAAUAUGAUGAGUCACCCAUUGACGAUUGCUGCAAAGUUCUUUAACCUGGAAAACCCUCAGAGUUUGAGAAAUUUCAAUAUAUUGGUGAAACUACUUCAGUUAUCAGACGUUGAGUCUCAACGAGCCGUGGCCGCUAUUUUUGCUAACAUUGCCACUACGAUCCCAUUAAUAGCCAAAGAACUUCUGACCAAAAAAGAACUAAUCGAAAAUGCCGUUCAGGUGUUUACAGAUCAAAUUGAUGAUAUUGAAUUAAGACAAAGGUUUCUUAUGCUCUUUUUUGGAUUGUUCGAAGUGAUACCAGAUAAUGGCACGAACGAGACGUAUCCAUUGCUGCAACAAAAUCAGAAACUAAAGAAUGCUUUGAAUAUGUCUUUAGAGAGAGGUGACUCAGGGCCAGAGUUUUCAGCGGCGAUCCCCGUUAUCCUUGCUAAGAUCAAAGUCUAA